GUACUAUGGGACCAGCAAUGAAUUAUCCUGAGCAUCCAUAUGAAAAUCAAAUGGCCUCGCAUUGCCAGAGUGCUGGUUACCCCACAUACCAGUCUUCAUCACCAUACCGACCUCAUCCUGUCUCUCCACCAGCACAUGCUCAUCAGUACAAUAGUCCUGCUGCUCAUCAGAUGCACUCUGGGGUUCCUUACGGUGCUACACCACAGAUGUCGCUAUAUGGAGUAGCUCAGAGCCCUUACGGACACAUGGGUCAAGACAUGUAUUCAAGUCGCCAUUCUCUUUACAGCAGCAGUAGUGCUCGAAGCAUGCAGCAGACAAAGUCAGCUUGGGGAGAUUCUAGUACUGGCCCUGAUAUAAUGCAGUCAUAUGGUCGACCGACAAAGUCAGCCUGGGGAGACUCGAGUACUGGCCCAGAGUUAAUGCAGUCGUACAGCCGACCAACAAAGUCAGCUUGGGGAGAUGCAAGUACUGGGCCUGACAUAAUGCAGCCAUACAGUCGACCUGCCUCUCAACCUCCAGUCAUGACCACUCCUCCACACAUGCCACCACCUCCAAUGAGGUCUUCCCCACAUGCAACUAUUAAUAGCACUGGACCUCCUCCACCUCUUCCUCCUCCUCACUUUAGACAGAUACAUGUAGGGUCUUCUAGCCCUUCUUCACACCCUUGGCACCAGUCGCAGAUACCCAGUCCUGGGGUGCUUCCAUCCCCCAGAACCACUCCCUCACCUCUACCAGCUCAUUCACGUUCUCCUGGACAUGGUCAACCCUUCUCUCCACCUCCUGCAGCUCCUUCUCCUCAUCAUGCAGCUACACAUCCACAACCUCAAAAGUCAACUCCUUCCCCUCCAAUAGUUGUGUGUUCCACUCCAAAUCAGCAACCCUUGUGUAAUAGCCCUAAUGGUCAGGGGGUGAGUUCUGACCCUUUACAGUCCCUUCAGAAGAUGGUCAUGUUAGACAAUGACUCUGUUGGAUCUCCCAUCAGCAGAGCCAGCUAUGAUAUGGCCAACAGUCAACCCACUACCCCUGUGACCAGCAGGUCUGGUUCCUACUUUUCUUCAGUGGAGCAAUUGGCAGGCUGUGAACCUGGGUCUCCUUUCCCCACAUACUACAACCUGGAUCAAAACAGGCUAUCCACUCCUCCUCAUUUAGUGGGAUCUACAGCUGCCACUUCUCCCUAUCGACAAGGUCCAGAAGCAACCUCUCCUGGAGCACGGAGACCACCUAUUGGGAAUCUCAAUCAAGAUGAUUCUUCUUCAGGUGCCCACAUUAAUGGUGAUUCUCAGUCAACAAGCUCUGAUGGGAGUCACCCACCUGGGCGCCUAUCUUGUGGCAGUUUAAAUGGAAGCCAGCAGUAUGAUCCUCAGCAUCAGGGGUUUGUUGAUUGUGAGACCACAGAUCUUUUAGAACACAAAGGGGACUCAAGUCUGAACUGUAAAGAAAAUGGAUUUAGUGCUACAGAGGCAUCUUUUACUACAGAGGAUCAACAUUUUGAAAAUAGAGAAUGCAGUAAAGGCAUAGAUUCAGACUCAGUAACUCUGGGUCCUCAGGAGGAUGUGAAUGAGAAACCACUAGAACUAUCGCAUGGAAGAAAAAAUAUGACAUUCAGAGAGUCUGAAUUUGCUAAUGGAGAGCUUGAAGUUAGUGUGGAUGACUUAAAACAAUCAUCUUUUCUUGCUACCUGUCCCAGGUGGAAUAAGACUGUUGAUACUUACAACUGUAUCCCAAGAGGAAGGGGCCAUUUUCAUGGAAGUGGUGUUGGAAUUGGUCUUCAACUAAAACGAAGCCCAAGAAGAAGAAGGAGUGCAUCAGGCCCUUUGGUUAAUGUUAUUUCACAUUAUGAAAGUGAUGCAAUUCAAAAGUCUCCCAAAAGGUCACCUGGAAGGGGUCGUGGUCGUGGCCGUCGCAGGAAAUGCAGUGGUGGAGGCCCUAUUGAUAAUUUUACAAAUGAUAACCAAUAUGGGUUUUAUCAAAAUUCUUUUGUGCAUGAUGAUAAUAGACAUCUAGAACCAUGGCAUGCCAUUAGUGAACAGAAUGGUCCUAUGUCUGUUCACCAGCCUAUAAAAGCAGGAUUCUACCCUGGUACCAGCCCAACUACUUCUGAUUCUCAUGGAGUGCAAAAUUCAACACCUCAGAUCUAUUCUAACAAUACACCCUCUCCUCACCUUUCAGUUACUCCAGGUGCUCUACUCCCUCUAGGAAACUCACUUCAGUUUCCACCCAAGAAGAAGAGAGGCCGACCAUUUGGUAGCAAGAACAAACCCAAGCCUCCAGGUAUGGAAACUAAACGAAAACCAGGAAGAAAGAAGAAAACAGAAAUUCUUCAGACUGAAGCUGAGCAGGUUUCCAGAGUAUAUAAAAGAAGAUAUUUUAAUGGUCCUUACAUUCACAUUGAUGGAACAAAAGAAAUGCCUCUAUCCAUUUCUGUUGUUAACAUCCCACCAAAAGAGGAUGUAAAAGAAGUAAAGAACGUGAAACAACGGAGGCAAGUUCUGGAUAGCAAUAUUCGCAAGAAGCUGCUAGUACAUGUCAGUACUCUGUCACCAAUGUAUGAUGCUACCACAAAGGACAAGACCUGGGUUUGUGCCCUAUGCCAGCGAGGGAGCCACACUCGUGGUCUGGGAGAUCUGUUUGGACCAUACUACCUAAAUGAAGAUCAAAGGCCAUCCAAUGAAGAAGUUCCCUCAGUUAAACCUUUCAGUGUAACAGCUGAAGCUAGUGAAACAGACCACGAAGAAGAGCUCACACUAGCACUUACUGGCAGAAUUGAAGCAAAACAAGAAGAAGAAGAAAAAGAAGAGUUCCUUAGAGCAAGCAUCAGUAAAAAAAUAAAACAGUGCAAAAAACCCUGCAACAUUUCUGAGACAAACGAAGAUCCAGAAUCUUCCCAACCAGACCCUGUUCCUACUCCUUCUGAAGAAGAGGAAGAAAGAAAGGAGUUUUGGGUACAUGAAGACUGUGCUGUCUGGUCACAUGGUGUUUAUUUGAUGGGACAAAAGAUUCACGGUCUUGCUGGAGCUAUUGAAGAAGCAUCUGAAACUGUUUGUUCACUAUGUCAGAUGGUUGGAGCAACAGUAGGAUGUUUAAACAAAGGAUGUCCAGAACAAUACCAUUACAUUUGUGCCACUGAAACAGGUUGUGAACUGGACGAAGGCAACUAUUCUUUAUUCUGUCCUAAACACAAGAACAAAACUGAGAUGCCAGGAGAAAGUUAAACCUUAGGAGACUAUGCCUGGGUGCUACAACCAACAGGCAAAUCUGUGUGUCAUGUAACAGUAUGUUACAGGAUCAGUGUUGUGUUUAUGUGUUUGCCAGUCCUAUGGACAGACAGGCAUGCCAAGUGGUCAAUAUUAACUUGAUAUGGCUGGUGGUCAAUUUGUGUUUGUGUUUUUUUUGUGCAGGCCAGAAACUGUACAUCCAAAAGAGAGUGUCUGACCAGCUGAACUUUUGGAGAACUAGAAGAAGUCAUAUCAUAUGCUCUGACUUCCAGGAACUGGGAAUAGAAAGUAGAAUCUCAUGCUUUUAAAUGUGAGUCUUGAAAAUCUGCUCUGCAGUUUUACCAACAGUUGUGAAUCUGCUGAUAAAGAACAUCUAAACUGUACUACAGAAGAUAUGUUUUUAACAGAAUAUUUGGAUCUUCUAUUUUGUGCAUUUACUAACAACCACAGGAUGUAGAGUAUAGGGAUGCUUUUUUUCCCUUUGACAACUACUGAGGGUGGAGUAAGGAUACCCUUUGACCAUGACACAUUAACCAUAA